AAACCCUUUGCAACAUCGUCUCUACCACUCAUCGUCUAUACCACUCAUCGUACCUCACCGCAUCGCACCAGCCACGGCGGAGGCGGAAACAGAGAAAUCACCAUUAAUCCCACCACCUCUGAACCACCGCUGAAACAUAUUACAUGCUCGUCGGAGAACUCUGAACUGUGCACUGUCGGAGGGUGGAAGGUGCGAUUUGGUGUGAAGAGAUCAUAGUAAGGUUUGGUAAGACUACUUAAUCUAAUGCUAAGUAAUUACCAUCCCUAAAUUUCAUCAUCACCCAAUGCACCAUUUUGUAAAAAAUCGAUCUUUUUCAUGCUUUCAAACUCUCAAAAUCUUUCCUUUCUCAACCCAACAAAUGGGUAUGGCUUCAAUUGCUGAUACACUUUAUACCAAUCUCAAUAAAAACAAUGGCAUUAAUAUUGAGAAUUCAUUGUCCAAGACUAAACCCAAAUUGGACUCUCAAUGUGUUAUCCAAGUUCUUAGUAAGUGCUGUCCUAAACAAUCUGAGUUGGGUGUUAGGUUUUUUAUUUGGGCUGGAUUUCAACCUGGGUAUAGGCAUAGUGGUUAUAUGUAUAGGAAAGCUUGCAACUUGCUUGGGAUUGAUAAGAAUUCUCAUGUUAUUUGUAAUUUGAUUAAGUCUUAUGAGUCAGAAGGGUGUGUUGUUAAUGUUAAUAUGUUUAGGGAGGUUUUGAAGCUGUGUAAAGAGGCUCAGCUUAUUGACUUGGCUUUGUGGGUGUUGAGGAAAAUGAAGGAUUUUGGUUUGCAACCGGAUACGGUGAUGUAUAAUGUAGUUAUAAGGUUGUUUUGCAAGAAGGGUGAUGUUGAAAUGGCAGAGAAGUUGAUGGGGGAGAUGAGUUUGAAUGAUCUUUGUCCGGAUUUGAUUACGUAUAUGACUAUGAUUGAGGGGUUGUGUAAUGCGGGUCGGUUGGAGGAAGCUUAUUCCAUGCUCAAGGUUAUGAGAGUUCAUGGUUGUUCACCUAAUUCGGUUGUUUUUUCGGCUAUUUUGGAUGGGUUAUGUAGGUGUGGAUCAAUGGAAAGGGCAUUGGAAUUGUUGGAUGAAAUGGAGAAGGGUGUGGAUUGUUGUCCUAACGUUGUUACUUAUACAUCUUUGAUUCAAAGUUUUUGUAAGAGACGCCAGUGGACAGAAGCGUUAAAUAUUCUUGAUAGAAUGAGAGCUUUUGGUUGCCUUGCUAAUCAUGUUACUGUUUUUACAUUGAUUGAGAGUCUUUGUACUGAAAGCCGUGUAGACGAAGCAUACAAGUUGGUUGAUAAAUUUGUGGUUGAACAUUGUGUCUCGCGCGGUGAUUGCUACAGUUCACUAGUGAUUUCUUUGAUAAGGAUAAAGAAACUUGAGGAAGCCGAGAAGCUCUUCAAGGAAAUGCUUGCUGGUGAGACCAAACCUGAUACUUUGGCAUCUAGCCUUUUGCUAAAGGAGUUUUGUUUGAAGGAUAGAGUACUAGAUGGAUUCUACUUGCUUGAUACAAUUGAGAAUAUGGGAUUCUUGUCUUCCAUCGACUCUGAUAUUUAUUCUAUUCUUUUAAUUGGCCUUUGUCGAAAAAACCACUUGACGGAGGCCACAAAGCUCGUGAAAAUAAUGCUGAAGAAAGCGGUUCCUCUAAGGCCUCCCUACAGAGACACUGCAGUUGACAUCCUAAGAAAAUACGGAGAAACAGAUCUUGUGAACCAGUUGACUGGUAUAAACAAGAAACUUUGAUAAUUUUGUUACAAAAGAGGUUGGGAAUUUUGAUAAUUUCUACCAGUCAACUUUGAUAGUUUUGGCCGCUUGGUGACUUGCUGGUCAAGGUUUGAAGAAGACGAUGGAAAAGUU